GAGAAAAAGAUAUACUAUCGAUCAAUUGAGAAAAAGGGUCUGUACGGUUUAGUAAUGCUAAUGUACUUGGUGGGUAGUGGCUUUAGUCAAGGGGAAGUGACAUGGUUGAGUAACGAAGUUGAAUGGCGACUUAUUCUGACCACGACUCAACUUCCUAUCGUGGUUACGGUAACAUCCUCGUUGUGCGAUGACCGGUGCACUAUAUUGGAUGAUCAACUGGCCCGAUUGUCUGAAACCUAUGGUAACCUAAUUAUAUUACGUAAAGCCAAUAUUUUGACGAAUCCAUUCUUUGCAAUACUUUACAAUUUGGUCAAUGCCCCGAUCAUCAUAGUCUUCCAAACUGGAAAAGAAAUAGCACGUUUAGAAAAUGAUUUAUCUUGGGGUGCAAUCACUGACAUAAUCGACAAUCUUUCACUCUUCGCCCCGCCCCCCUCGGAUUUUGUGCAGCCGCCCUCCGAUUCCGCCCCAGUCCCCUCUCUCGGAGAGUAAAUGAUAGUCUCAUCUGAAUCAGUAACUUCAAAUAUUUGCCUAUGUAUUUUGUGUUUGCUGCUUCCGCUAUCAAACAUUUGCCUAUAUUAUUGUAUUAUAUGAUCAUAUUGUAUUU